AUGCGGCUGUUGUUGGUUGCUGGUUUAUCAUUGUGGGGCGUGCUGCUGCUGCAGCUGCAUGCACCUGCAGCAGCAAACUCUGUGUCUGUUGCAGCAGAUGAUGCGAGCAGAGUAGCGGAAGCAGCAGCAGGAGAAGAAAAGAAGGGUGAACGAGUUGGAGGGUCUGCAUCUUCAGCAGCAGGAGCAGCAGCAGCAGCAGCAAGAGCAGCAGCAGCAGCAAGAACAGCAGGAAGAGGAUUAUCAUCAGCAGGAUCAGGAGGAAGAUUAUCAGCAGCAAAUAAUGAUGAUAUUGGGAGUGUAAUUACAGAAGAAGAAGCAGAAGAAGCAGAAGAAGCAGUUGCAGUGUACGGCGAGAAGGCUUUAAGAACUCUUAGUCGUCAGCAACUUGUACAUCUGCUUCAGGGUGAGAACCAGAGAAGAAGACGCUUAUUAAAUCUAACUCGUCUAUGCAUGGCUGUAGGAUAUAUAUUUUUAAUACUUGUUAUUAUCGCAAUUGCGUAUGGAGACCCUACAGGCGUAGUAGAGCAGAUAUUCGGCGUUGUGUCAGCUAGCAGCAAACAAGAAGAGAUAGAUAAGCUUGAACAACAAGUGCGAGCACUAGAAGAAGCAUUAAAAAAGAGUGCUAAUAGGGGGGAGAAGGCAGCAGAUAGAGAAGCAGCACUUAGAGAAGGAGCAGCAGGUGCAGCAGAGAAGCAGAAAGAGAGCAUUGAAAGACUAAAUGUUAAAUUAACAGAAUAUGAAGAAAGAGAGAAAAAAUAUCAAGCUGCUCUGAAGCAAGCAAAUACAGAUACAGAAGAGAAGCUGCAGCAGCUACAAGAAGCAGCAGCACAAAGAGAAGCAGAUCUACAGGCUGAGAAUGAGUCUUUACAGAGAGAGAUUAAUGAUCUACGAGAAAGAUUAGCUGAGAGCGACAGCCAUAAGAGAGGAAAGAGUAAGAAAGAGAAGAAAGACAAGAAAAAGAAAGAUGCUCAUGAACAGCAGCAGCAGCAGCAGCAGCAGCAGCAGCAGCAGCACCAUGAUGUUUCUUCAACGCAAUUCAUUCAUCCUCUUCCUUCUUCUCAGCCUUCUUCAAUUAAUCCCUUCGGUUCUGCAGCACCUGUACCUGGGGCUCAGUCUCUGUAUGCUAGUGCUGCUUCUCUUUCUUCUGCUGCUUCUUUGUCUGCUGCUGCUGCUCCUCCUCCUCCUCAUUACCCUACUGCUGCUUCUUUACCUGCUUCUUUUUCUAUGAGUGCGCCUUCACUGCCUGGUGCUGCUGCUGGGGUAGCUUCAGGAAAUCAGCGAGUGACGUGGCUUGUACCUACAGGCUCACCAGGGCAGCAGCAGCAGCAGCAGCAGCAGCAGCAGCAUCAAGAUCAGCAGCUGCAGCAACCACCUGGAGCAGCAGCUGGUUUGCUGCAGCAGCCUGCAGCAGCAGCAGGAACAUAUCCAGCUUUUCACGGGGGGCUGCUGCCAGCACCAGGCGCCCCGGGGUUGUUAGACUUGCAGCAGCAGCAGCAGCAGCAGCAGCAGCCAGCGGGGUUCUUGCCUUCAGGUGUAAGUACAGGUGCUGCUCACCCAGAGGCUCCUUGGCCUACAUCCGUUAGCAGUCUUUCAGGUCCGCAGCAGCAGCAGCAAAUGCUGCUGCAACAGCAGCAAGAGCAACAGCAGCAGCAGCAGCAGCAGCAGCAGCAGCAGGAGCAGCAGGAGCAGCAGCAAAUUGCAGCAGCAGCAGCAGCAGCAGCAGCCGCAGCAGCAGCAGCAGCCGCAGCAGCAGCAGCAGCAGCAGAUACUCCUGCAACACUUGAAGCAGCAGCAGUAGCAGGUCCCUUGGGAUAUGCAGCAGUUCAAAUAACUGCAGCAGCAGCUACUCUGCUACAUCAGCAACAGGUACGCUGCUGCUGCAGCAGCAACUGUAUCAACUGCAGCAGCAACAAUAUAUCGAAUGUAGUGCCAGCACCUGCAACUGCAGAAGCCGCUGCAGCAGCAGCUGCAACAGCAGCAACUGCAGCAGCGGCAAGUGCAGCAGCAGGAACCGGAGCAGCGCGCAAGUGCAGCAGCAGCAGCAGGAACCGGAGCAGCAGCAAGUGUGGCAGCAGCAACCCGGGGCAGCAGCAAGUGCAGCAGCAGCAACUGCAAGAGCAGCGACCGGAGCAGCAGCAGGUGCAGCAGCAUAGACUCCAGCGACAGCAACUACAGCAGCACUCAAUGCAGCAGCUCAGUUAG